AUGAGGAAGCGUUCUGAGCUUGUGGAACUUCUGGGGCUGGCUGGUUUCUCGCUCGAUAAGUGGGCGGCGAACCACCCGAGUCUCUUGCCUAUUCAGCCUCAGUCGGUUUCUUCUACGCGAAUCAACGACGAUGAGUCGGUUAAGACACUCGGCAUCUAUUGGGACUCUAUCCAAGAUGCGUUUAGAUUUGAUAGCUUGGCGUCUCGAUCCGCAUCGGAAACGUUAACGAAGAGAGUGAUCCUUUCGGAUAUUUCUCGAUUGUUUGACCCAUUGGGCUGGUUAGCUCCGGUCACGGUUGUGGCCAAGAUCCUGAUGCAGGACCUGUGGAUCCUGAAAUGCGAAUGGGACACAGUAUUGCCCGUUGAAAUUCGAUUACGUUGGCAAGAGUAUUGUGACUCACUGGCGGAUUUGCCUUUGAUUUCGAUUAGCCGUUGGCUAGGACAUUCUCCAGAGGUUUCGUGUCAGAUUCACGGAUUCGCUGACGCCUCUUCGAGGGCGUAUGCAGCAGUAGUGUAUCUUAGGUUGGAUAGUGGAAGUGAACCGCGUGUUUGCCUGUUGGCAGCGAAGACGAAAGUGGCGCCUGUUAAGACCAUUAGCAUACCGAAAUUAGAGUUGUGUGGAGCUUCGCUUCUUGUCAAGCUCAUCAGUCAUUUACGAACCGCGAAGUUUCUCGCGGACGUGCCUGUCUACGCGUGGUCUGACAGCCAAAUAGUUCUGGCGUGGUUGCGCAAGCAUCCAUCUUGUUGGAAGACGUUCACGGCGAAUAGGGUCUCUUAUAUUCAGACUGAGUUACCGUCGGCGUCCUGGGCGCAUGUUUCCACGAAGGAGAACCCGGUUGACCUGGCGACUCGGGGCUCUCUGCCAUCCGCCUUGGCGUCCAGUGCGCUCUGGUGGCAUGGACCGUCGUGGCUGACUCGGUCGUCGGAUCGCUGGCCUCUGCCGUCGGAGACCGCGAGUGUUUUGCAUGUUCAUGCACAGGUGCUGGAGCCUGAGAUUUUAGGCCGAUUUUCCUCGUUCACCAGGUUGGUGAGAGUGAUAGCGUUCUGUAGACGUCCGCUAGUUUUAGUGCGACGUAAACGGAGAGGUGUAGAUCCCCUGCCUCCGUUCCUCUCCACGGAGGAACUCUCGGAGGCUCGCAUAGUGGUAUUUCGUUUGGCUCAAUCCGCAGCCUUUGAAUCGGAAAUAGAAGCCUUGCGACGUGGUGAGCGCCUGCUUAAGCGCAAUCUUGAGGAAGGGGAAUGA